AUGGAACAGCAUCAUCAUCAACGUCGACAACAUCUUCAACGGCAACAACAGCAACAACGGCAACAACAUCGACGACAUCGACAACUACUACUACCGAUGUCAACUGUCAUACAUGCUCUGCAUCAAGCUACAGUGGAUCCUGCAACUCGUGUACCACUACGAGCAAUGGUUGUGUCAUCACUUGCGUCUGCAAUUCGCAAUCGGGGUCAGCCAUCAGCACAUCAAUAA